AUGUCUACACCGAAUAUAAACUUUGGAUUGCUCUCCGCCAUCGAAGUUUCUUAUAGUACAAACAGUGACCAAACCGCAAGGAAAACUAAAACCGAAGACAAUAACAGCGAUUUGAACAGCAGUAGAAACAUCACUAAUAUAAGCUCGAAGAAACAUAUGUCGGGCGAUAAACACGAACCCAUAAAGCUCGAAAAGGAGAUUUCAGAGUCGAAGAUGCAUAAAAUUGCAACAGAAACCAACUCGAUAACACUAAGAACUACAACGCCAGAAACUAAAUACAAUAGUAACAAAACGAAUAAUUCGGACAACAUAUCAAUGAACAGGCGGCUUUCGAAGACCGAGUCUUUUGAAAACGAGUUUGCGGAAACUGUUAACGCAACUCUUUCGAAAGCUGGAUUUGCUACGGCAAGUAGGACAAGUAGGACUCAUCAGCCUCCUCCUUAUGAAAGCGGACCUAUGGAGAAAGCAACCAGACCGCUUCAACAUGAAUACCCAAAGCAAAUUAAAUCGAUAAACAUAAGUUUUGAAAAUAUUUGCUAUGGUGUUAAGACCGGUUUAUUCAAAAGAGAAGAUAAGCAGGUACUCAAUGGCGUUACAGGAGAAUUUCGUUCCGGUGAACUCAGUGCCGUCGUAGGGCCGUCUGGAGCCGGCAAGAGCACACUGCUCAAUAUUCUCUCAUCAUAUACGCUUUAUGGGUUUUCGGGAGAUAUAAGGAUCAACGGUAAUCCGCGUGACGUGAAAACAUUCAAACCAAAUGUAGCCUUUAUCACUCAGGAUACCACACUGCAACCAUUUCUCACUGUCAAGGAGGCAAUGAAUUUUGCUGCUAACCUCAAAAUCGGUGCCCAAAUGAACGCGAAAGAAAAACGUGAGCGGGUGUUGAAAAUUCUGAAGUCCAUGGGUUUGCUUGAGUCGCUCAACACGAGGACCGGUGACUUAUCGGGUGGCCAAAAGAAACGAUUGGCGAUUUCACUAGAAAUAGUGAAUAACCCACCAGUUUUAAUAUUAGAUGAGCCAACCAGUGGGCUGGACAGCUCUACAUCUAAUCAGUGUAUUUCUCUACUAAAAACUCUGGCGAUGGAAGGUCGCACGAUCAUAUGCACAAUUCACCAGCCCAGCGCCAUAGUAUUUCGAAUGAUCGACCAUUUGUUCGCGAUCGCAGAGGGCUCCUGCAUAUAUGCAGGCAGAACAGACAAUUUAAUUCCCUUUCUAGCUGAAAAUGGUUUACACUGUCCACAAUCGUACAAUCCUUGCGACUUUCUUAUGGAAAUAGGUACAAACGAUUAUGGUCCAAACAAUAAACUGCUUAUUGAGAAAAUGCAAAACGGUCGUAAUACUGGGUAUCGACUAGUCAAACCUUCAUUUUCCCUUUCAACCGCAAAUACAACGUCAACAACUAAUACUAAUGUGCCAUUGACACCAGUUGAAGAAUUGCCAUCACGUGUUUCCAACACGAACACACAUACCAAAGAGAAACAGCAUCAAUGCUGUAGUGAUAGUAGAUUUUCUAAACCGAGGAAAUCGAGAAUUUCAAUUGAUACCGGACAUAUUUGUAAAAGUGACAAUAUUUAUGCUACACCAUUUUACCGUCAAUUAGCAAUUUUGCUAACCCGUACUUUUCUACUUCUUUGGCGUGAUAAUUCGCUUACAACACUGCGAUUCAGUAUUCAUUUCGGAGUGGCACUGCUCAUCGGCUUUCUCUAUUAUGAUAUUGGAAAUGAUGCCGCGAAUGCAAUGAAUAUUUUCCGUUAUGCCUUCUAUACAAUAAUGUUCAUUAUGUUCUGUGCCUUCUCGUCGAUCCUAACGAAAUUUCCCCUAGAAUUUCCCAUAGUUUCACGAGAACAUUUCAAUCGUUGGUACUCACUUCGCGCAUAUUAUAUUGCGAUUACUUUAGCCGAUAUCCCAAUACAGCUUAUAUGUACGAGUCUCUUCUUAUUUCCCACGUAUUAUCUGACUGGACAGCCUAUGGAGCUAAUGCGAUUCGCUUUGUACUUCACAAUCGUGUUUCUUACAGCUCUUGUCGGACAAAGCAUUGGACUCAGUGUAGGCUCAGCUCUGAGUGUUCAUUAUGGCGCCAUCUUUGGACCAUUUUUUAUUUGUCCUUUCCUGGCGUUUUCUGGAUUCUUCCUUCAAAGAAAAGACUCUCCAUUCUAUUUAAAAUGGAUGUUCGAUAUUUCAUUCCUCAAGUAUGCCUUGGAUGGAUCGAUGUUAUCGCUUUUCGGUUACGGUCGUGCAAAAUUGGAGUGUAAGGAAUUUUACUGCCAUCACUCCCAUCCUGUGUUCUUCCUUAAGAACAUGGAUUUGGCCAAUGCAAAUUAUAAACUGGCUGCCAUAUUUUUGUUAUCGCUAUUUAUUGUACUAAGAAUUCUCGCAUUUUAUAUCAUGUCUUUCAGGUUGAGAUUAUUCAGAUGAAAUAAGCUGUAUAUAUGUAUUUUAAGCAAGAAUUUUGUAUUAUAUAAUUAAUAUACAUCCUUGUAUACUAAUAAAUUUUAAUGAAAUGGAGAAUAGCUCAAAAUAAACCCUUAGACACAUAACAAUCAUUAUACCAGAGCAAUACAUACAUGAUGUACAUAUACAUAUAUAAAACAAAAUAGUAGUAAGAAUAAUUAAUCAGAAACCGAUUUACAGUUUCAUGGUUGGCCUCAUAGAGAAUGAAAUGUUUAUAUACUAAAUACACAUAUUUGAAAUCUUUAAAUUUUAACUUUUCUUAGCACGAACAUUAGAAGUAACCCUUUUAUACAAAAUUGUGAAGUGCUCUCAACGCGAUAAUCACAUUGGAAGUAUGAGGGAAGUUUUACGAAUUUCUUCAAUCAGUAAAUCAAAUAUCAGUUAAAUAUCAGACUCUGACUUUUACAAUGAAGUGGAAUUAACUUUUCUUAGCAGAACCAUUGCAGUCAAGGUUGUAUUUUUGUAAUAGUUUAAUUUUUGUAAUAGAAGAUUGUUUAACGUUUGGAACAUUCCUCACUUUUCAAAUUUCAUUUUUAUACACUCAAGUAUUUAAAACAAUUUAAAAAAAUUUAAAGGUAUUUUUUAUUUAAAAAAUGUCUUUAAAUAAUUUAAGCGCUGUGUGUAAUAAAUGUUAUUUACAAUUAAAUUUAUGGGUGUAAAAUACAUACACAUACACGAAUGUAUAUAUAUUUAUUUAUAUUUUACUUAGCAAACCCACGUUAUUUCGGAUGUGUGUAUUUUUGCUCGUUAAUUCAUUAAAUGUACCUUCUCAUUCGGGACAAACCAACAAAGAAUGCUUUUCAAUCUUUAAAUACGCAAAAUAAACAACAAUAAUUUACA